AUGGACCUGGUCUGGGGAAAUGACAGGUCUCCUUCGAACCCGCACUUCGUCACUUUUGUCAGCUCCCAGUGCCCACUACGGCUGAACGGCAGUGCCGGGAGGGCUCACGUGGCAAUCUGCCACGAGGUGGCGGCGGCCGUGUGCGAAAUGAACGUUUGGAAUUUGUAG